CUUCGGCAAAAAAUAAACUCUGAAAACCAUCCUUUGAAUUUAAUGAAAAAUAAACUCCGAAAACAAGGAACCCCAAUUAUUGGGCAUAAAACAUUGUUGCAUUUAUUUCAGAGCACCAGCUCCACAGAAGAAGUCGAGUGCAUCAUCGCCUUGGCCUCCAUAUCAGAGCCAGCUACUUCUGAACACUCGAGCACUGACUCCUCGCAAGAGGUCGAGCAGAUCAUCUCUUUAGCCUCAACUUCAGGGCCAGCUGUUCCUGAACACUCGAGCACCGACUACAUGCAAGAGGUCGAGCAAAUUGUCGACAGCGAUUUGGCCUCAACAUCAUGGGAGUCUACUCCUGAGCACACAGCAACUGAUCAUGGCUGCCAAAUUCGGUCAGAUGUGUGCCGCCAGGGGAUCCAGCGGGAAGACACAUGCCAUCGCGACCACGCCUACUCGAAACCCAAAGCUCCAGCUGCGACUCCUGCUCUUCAUAGUGGCUAUAGCCUUGAGGAUCGAGACAUUUUUUUUUAUACCGGUCUCCAUGCAGACGUCUUCAAGGAGUUGGUGAAAGUUGUGCCACAGUUUGCUACAACAAAUUUUAUGAUGCCUGUUGAGCAGCAGCUUUUGCUCACGCUAAUGAAGUUGAGGCUCGGCCUUAUAUAUGGCGAUCUGUCGAGGAGGUUUGCGGUUUUGGUUUCAACUGUAGGGAACAUUUUUCGCGCCAUGCUUGCUACACUAGGGCAAGUCCUAAGGAAUGUAGUGGUGUGGCUCUCUCGAGACACUAUCUUCAGAAACAUUCCGCGAUCCUUUGAGGAGAAUGGUUUUGCAGGCACUACUUGCAUCUUGGAUUGCACUGAGGUGUUCUUGCAGCGACCGAAAAAAUUGCUCGCUCGGGCACAGACGUAUAGCUCAUACAAAGGCCACAACACUGUGAAGUUUUUGGUGGCUAUUGCACCCCACGGAUCGGUGAUGUUCGUGUCCAAGGUCUACGGUGGACGAGCGUCUGACAAGCAUAUUGUAAAAGACUCUGGAAUCAUUUCACACUUUGAACGUGGCGAUCAUGUGAUGGCCGACAGGGGUUUUUCUCUUGAUCCCGAGAUGGAACCGAAGGGAGUAGCACUCAACACGCCAGCCUUCACUCGAGGGAAGGCUCAGUUAUCCGAACAAGAGGUGACGGAGACUAGGAGGAUUGCGUCUGUCCGAAUUCACGUAGAGCGGGCAAUAAAUAGGAUGAAAUCCUACAGGAUUUUGAAGCAAGCACUCCCCAUACAGCAUCGCAAGGUUGCAAGCGACAUAGUUUUUGUAUGUGCAGGGUUGUGCAACCUGAAGGGGCCUUUAAUCAAAAAGUAA